AGGCGCAGAUGCGCCCUGCCGCUCGGUGUAGUCCGCAGAUUCGUGCUGCGAGGCCCGCAGGGACCCGCCCCAGAGGCUCAAAAAAAGCCGCGGCAGCUUCGCCCGGACCCAGGAACUCGUGCUCAGGGCCAACCGACUGGGCCGCGAUCGCGUUUCGUCCGGGGCCGCGGCGGCCGUGGGGAAUCGGCGGCGGCGAAUCGGUGGCGCGCGGGGCCUGAGCGCGCUGCAGUCACCCGGGAGCCGGGUCCAGGUUGCCUUCCCGUGACGCCCAGGUCUGUCCUGCAGGAUGGAGCCAGCACCCUCAGGGGUCCGACUGGCUGUCCGGGAAGCCAUUCAGACCCUCUCAUCUUCGGAGGAUGGCGGCCGCAUCUUCUGCACCCUGGAGUCCCUGAAGCGGUAUCUCAGUGAGAUGGAGCCUCCGGCGCUCCCGAGGGAGAAGGAGGAGUUUGCCUCGGCCCACUUCUCGCCUGUCCUCAGAUGUCUUGUCAGCAGGCUGAGCCCAGCCUGGCUGGAGCUGCUGCCCGACGGCCGCCUGGAGGAGCUGUGGGCCAGCUUCUUCCUGGAGGGCCCUGCGGACCAAGCCUUCCUGGUGCUGAUGGAGACCAUCGAGGGCACUGCCGGCCCCAGCUUCCGGCUGAUGAAGAUGGCGCGGCUGCUGGCCAGGUUCCUGCAUGAGGGCCGACUGGCAGUGCUGAUGGAGGUGCAGUGUCAGCAGCAGACGCAGCCCGGCUUCCCCCUGCUCCGGGAGACGCUGCUGGGCAAGGUGGUGGCCCUGCCUGAUCACCUGGGCAACCGCCUGCAGCAGGAGAACUUGGCCGAGUUCUUCCCCCAGAACUACUUCCGCCUGCUCGGCGAGGAGGUCGUCCGGGUGCUGCAAGCGGUUGCAGACUCUCUCCAAGGUGGCCUGGAUUCCUCCGUGUCCUUCGUGGCUCAGGUCCUCGGGAAAGCCUGCGUCCACGGGAGGCAGCAGGAGAUGCUGGGCGUGCUGGUGCCCCGGCUGGCAGCGCUCACCCAGGGCAGCUACCUGCACCAGCGCGUCUGCUGGCGCCUGGUGGAGCAAGUUCCGGACCGGGCCAUGGAGGCGGUGCUGACCGGGCUGGUGGAGGCCGCGCCGGGGCCUGAGGUCCUGUCGCGACUGCUGGGGAACCUGGUGGUGAAGAACAAGAAGGCCCAGUUUGUGAUGACCCGGAAGCUUCUGUUCUUACAGUCCCGGCUCACGACGCCCAUGCUGCAGAGCCUGCUGGGCUAUCUGGCCAGGGACAGCCAGCGGCGCCCACUCUUGCUGCAGGUACGAGCCUCUUGGCUCUCCGUCCCCUCGAGGCCCUGGGAGAAGAGCUGUGCGGGGCCCACCUUGGGGGCAGGCAGGGUGCUGAAGGAGCUGUUGGAGACGUGGGGCAGCAGCAGUGCCAUCCGCCACAGUCCCCUGCCGCAGCAGCGCCAUGUCAGCAAGGCCGUCCUCAUCUGCCUGGCGCACCUCAGGGAGCCGGAGCUGCGGGACAGCCGGGAUGAACUGCUGGCCAGCAUGAUGGCGGGCGUGAAGUGCCGCCUGGACAGCAGCCUGCCCCCCGUGCGCUGCCUGGGCAUGGUCGUGGCCGAGGUCGUUAGUGCCCGGAUCCACCCCGAGGGGCCUCCCCUAAAAUUCCAGUACGAAGAGGAUGAACUGAGCCUCGAGCUGCUGGCCUUGGCCUCCCCCCAGCCUGCGGGUGACGGCGCCUCGGAGGCGGGCACUCCCCUCGCUCCAGCCACGGCAGAGCCCCCCGCAGAGACCCCCCCAGAGAUGGUGGACGGCGGCGUCCCCCAAGCACAGCUGGCAGGCUCUGACUCGGAGCUGGACAGCGAUGAUGAGUUUGUGCCCUAUGACAUGUCGGGGGACAGAGAGCUGAAGAGCAGCAAGGCUCCUGCCUAUGUCCGGGACUGCGUGGAAGCCCUGACCACAUCUGAGGACGUAGAGCGCUGGGAGGUGGCCCUGCGGGCCCUUGAGGGCCUGGUCUACAGGAGCCCCACAGCCACUCGGGAGGUGAGCGUGGAGCUGGCCAAGGUGCUUCUGCAUCUGGAGGAGAAGACCUGUGUGGUGGGAUUUGCAGGGCUGCGCCAGAGAGCCCUGGUGGCUGUUACGGUCACAGACCCAGCCCGGGUGGCUGACUAUCUGACCUCGCAGUUCUAUGCCCUCAACUACAGCCUCCGGCAGCGCAUGGACAUCCUGGACGUGCUGACUCUGGCUGCCCAGGAGCUGUCUAGGCCUGGGUGCCUCGGGAGUGCUCCCCAGCCUGGCUCCCCGAGUCCCAACACCCAGUGCCUGCCAGCGGCAGCCGCCCCUCAACCUGGCAGCGCCGUGACAUCCGACUGGCGGGUGGUGGUGGAGGAGCGGAUCAGAAGCAAGACCCGGCGGCUCUCCAAGGGUGGCCCGAGGCAGGGCCCAGCAGGUGGCCCCAGCAGAUUCAGCUCCGUGGCCGGCCACUUCUUCUUCCCCCUCCUUCAGCACUUUGACAGGCCUGUGGUGACCUUCGACCUCUUGGGAGAUGACCAGCUGGUUCUCGGAAGGCUGACGCACACGUUAGGGGCCCUGAUGUACCUGGCUGUUAACACCACGGUGGCUGUGGCCAUGGGCAAGGCCCUGCUGGAAUUCGUGUGGGCCCUUCGCUUCCACGUCGACGCCUAUGUGCGCCAGGGGCUGCUGUCGGCUGUCUCCUCCGUCCUGCUCAGCGUGCCUGCCGCGCGCCUGCUGGAGGACCUGCUGGACGAGCUGCUGGAAGCCCAGUCCUGGCUGGCAGACGUGGCCGAGAAAGAUCCGGAUGAGGACUGCAGGACGCUGGCACUGAGGGCCCUGUUGCUUCUGCAGAGACUCAAGAACAGGCUUCUCCCACCCGCAUCUCCCUAGUCCCUGGAGGCCUCCCCAGGACCACCCCCGCCGGCAGCAAGGAAGGUGGCUGAGCAGCGACCUGGAGCAGCGGAGCCAGGCUUUGUAGCGAGGUCAGGUCGGCGGCAGCAUCCGGUACGGAGAGUGCAGAUGCAGGAAGGCCUGGCUUGCCGCUAUUUAUAGUGCAGCAAGUCUGCUAAAAAUACACUGGGCCUGGGCACUGCCCGCCGGGACAUGGCAGCCUGGACGUGGGGCUGUGGCCAGGGCCGUGGGCGCUGCUGGUGGGGUUGACUCCUCCAGUGAGGGCAGAACCAGGCUGGCAGGAGGGGAGGACGGUGUACCUGCUGCUCAGAGCCCCCAAGGCACUCCUGUGAGCGCCACCAAGCAGGACAGAGCAGUUCUUGUCCCAGGUCCCUCAGGCUGAGCGCCGUGUCACCAGGAGAAUCGUGCUCACGGCCCAGGCAGGGCGUGUGGCUCCUGGAUGGGCUUGUGGGGUGGGUGGACAGGACACAGGCUCCCAGAAAAUAAACUACUUUAUUGGAAUU